AACCCGCGCAUGUUGCAGCUGGUUAUCAAUCCACUCUCGUCAAAGUGAAACACGGCAUACUCACCAACUGAAAAAAGUCUUCUCAUCCACCAAUAGAUAUGCGUAUGCCUUGGAGCACCAAGGUGGCACCUGAUACCCCGGGAGUAAAGUUAGCAGCUUUCACAGAACGUGAUGAGAUUCUAAAUGAUGAGUUUGACAAGGAAUUUCCUGUGCUAGUACGCGUUACAGCACCGGCCACAUUCGACGCCACAGACGUCGAUUUUGUGGCAGUGCUUGACAUGAGCGCAAGCAUGACAAGAGAGAGGCUUCAGAAUGUGAAGAAAGCCAUGCUAGCCGUGAUAAAAGAUCUUGGCCCGAGAGAUCGUUUCUCUAUGCUGUCAUUCAGUAGCGAAGUGCAGAGCCGUACAGAACUCACUGAAAUGUCUCUUAAUGGUAAAGAAGCUGCAAGCUCUAUGGUCCAAAAUUUAGUCACCGGGGGGAAGACUGACAUGGGUGCAGCACUGCAGCAAGCUGCAAAAAUUCUGAAGGGCAGGAAAAUGCAUGACUGCAUCAACCGCGAAUGCUUAACUGUCUUCAUCUCGGCCGGCAAAGAUGAUUCGGUCUACACAAAGCCAAUCAACCAUGGGUUCCCGGUUCACACCAUUGGUUUAGAUGCCGAACAUGACCCUAAGGUAAUGGACCACAUCGCUCAAAACACAUGUGGCACAUACUCUUAUAUAUACAGGGAUAUGGAUGCUAUGGGGUCUACUCUCAAGGAGUUGAUCCAGGUCCAGCGAUCUGUCAUCGCAAGGAAUGCCGAGAUCAAGUUACAGACUCAGGACGGUGUCACAAUAUCGUCAAUCAAGUCUGGUGGCCACAAGAACUGUGUCACUAAUAGCAAGCAGUCUGUAAUUGAGAUCAGCCGCCUGUAUGCUAGUCAGGUCAGCGAUUUCAUCGUCUACCUCACAGUCAUGAAGGGGAAGACGCUGACUAUGGCGGAGAAAUUUAAAACAGGCGGGGGUGGUAGCAAGAUGCAGCUGAUGACCGUCAGCAUUACAAAUGUUUCUGCUGAUCCGGUGGUUGUGUCAGUCAAACGGCCAGAAAUAAGCUAUGGUGCUAAGUAUUGUCCU